UUCGGAAAACAAAACAAAGUGCAGUGUUAAAACCCGGUCGUUCCGGUCGAUUUUAUCGGAUUGAAAGUAUGAAUUCCCUCGCGGAAGUGUUCGCCCGGUUAAAACCGUUGUUCGAAAAAGUGAUUCGCGAGCCUCGUCUGGAGGACAUCCGGCUGCUGAAUGGGUAUCUCGGAGAAAUCGAUGCCGAUAGUUUGCAGAUCCUGCAAAACGUCUUCCUCCAGCAGUUAGUCAUUCUGGUGGAUAGUGUCCAGGGCGGGAAGCGGGAUGAGCUGAAAGCCGGGCUGAUGGAGUGUGUUUGUACAAUUUUGGCGAAAACCAAGCUGAGACAGGCGGUGGCCAUGAAGACGACGUUGGUGAUUUUGCUGAAACAGCUGUACGACGUGAAAGCCGGUCAGUUGGUGCCGGAUCUUCCGGAGGAACUCAAGCUGGGAGUUUUGCGAGGGUUGACCCUGACCUGUAAGAACGUUCAGUCGGAACUGGUGGAGGAGGUGUACGUGAAGGACAACCUGAGUCUGCUGUCGCAGAUUCUGUUCGUUAGUGUGAGUGUCGUAUCCGGCGAACGGUUCCGGAAGUUACGGAUGCAGGCGGUGGAGUGCAUUUUGGCCGCGAUGCAGAUCCACGACGAAUUCGACUUCUCAGAUAAGGUACUACGGUGCCAGGUUGCGGAACUGCUGUUUAUAGUGCUUCCGAAGUUGCUGGUAGCGCUGGUGUCCGUCGUGAAUGGAGAUGAGAAGCAAGGGAAGGCUUUGACUCGGUUGGGCGUCAAAGCUUUGGGACGAGUCCUCGGAUUGAUAUUCGAAGACUACGAUGGAAGCCACACAGAAGAUGAAAUCCGGACGGAGGAGUUUCUCAAGCUUUCGAAGGAGCUGAGCCAAUUCGAGGGAGCUGGAGGUGGUCGGAACGUCCUAGGGAUGGGCCUGAAGGAUACAAAAGCCCGAGAGGAUUACUUUAGUAAUACCAGUCGAAGCAGGCAAUGGCUUCUGGAGGCGGAGAAAAAGGUUGGCCAGGUCUUGGGUACGGUGGCGCAUUUGAGGGGAGCGGAGGAAGAGACCAUACGGCAGGAGUUCGCCCGGAUGAAUGCCACGUUGCUGGAAAAGUGUGGUCGGAAUAUGCCAACAUGCUCGGUAUUCUUCCUGCAAUCCCUUCUGGCACUGUGCCAGGAUGAAUCCGAAAAAGUUCGCGCCAUCUGCCAGGGAGCUCUCUCGUCUACGCUACGCUCCGGUAUCUGUUUCGGAGACACCCGUCUCGAUGAACUUUUCUACGAAUCCCUCAAGACCAUCCCUAGAAGUAUCUACAGAGGCGAAGAAUCGGAACAGGUCGCUUGCUUCCGGUUGAUGAAUGGGUACCUAAGCUUCCUGACGGAUACCCAGCUCACCACCAUCAUGUCUAAUCAGGAAAUUCUCAACCAGCUGGUCAUGAUUCUGGCAGCCGGUGCCGAGUUGGAUCAACCGGAGGAACUCGUUCGGCGGGAGUACGUCUCCUAUCGUUUCGAGUAUGUACCAGUGGAAGCCAGGCUGGAUAAGGAGAAGCGCGAAUCGCGCUGGAUUGUCCUGAGGAACUUCCACGGUCAGGAUCGAAGCCGCGUCUGCUUCUUAGAAGUCCUACGAAGCUUGCAGACUCGACCGGAUACAUUAUCUACCAUCCUGAGCUACAUCCUCGAGGAUCUUUUCACCACCAAAGUGAACAUCAACGGUUACCUUUUCCUGUUAUCGGAGUUAAUUCCUCCGGAAGUCAGCCACCCUUCGCUUCAAUCUCUUUUCCGUAACGCUUUCUCCGAAAUCCUCCAGAACUAUCACUGGCAGGUCGACCUGGAAGAAUCCACCCAGAUAUCCGACCUCAAGUUCAACAUCCUUCACAUCUGCUUAUCCCUUCGACUGGUGUCCCGCUUCUGCCGGCUUUUCCGGGACGAUUUCCGGUGGCAACUGUACGACGUUCUGCGGCACACUCUCCCUCUCUCCGGAAGCAAUCUGAACUGCGUCAACGAGGCUGCGGAAAUGACCCUGGACGCGAUGGCCACCACCCUCGGAUUCGCGUCCAUCCAGGAGCUCAUCCACCAGAACCUGGACUACAUUUCGCAGUACAUCACGCGCUGUUUGAAGCGACCGGGCACCUUCCCGGAGGGGGUCCACAUACUGGAAUCGGUUCUGCGAUUCGUUCCGUACGAAUCCUCCGAUGUGCUGGAAUCCACCAUAAGUCCCAUAGUGAUGGCCAUCCUGGAGGGACACGACCAGCGCAUGGCGACGGCACGGAUCCUCUGCUUGAGGGUGCUGCAGAUUUUCGUUCGAGCCAUCCGUUAUCGGUAUCGGGUGGAUGAUGAAUCGACAAAGAUGGAGAAUGACGCGGAACUUGAUGAAUCCAAACUGGCCGAAAAAAUCGAGCAGCUCAAGAAGGAAAUGGACCAGAAGUUACCAGAUUCGGGUGCCACGAUCGAAGAAGUUCCCAACGACAACGAAGACGAUGGUUCUGCCGAACCGGAUCCUCAGGAAGACGAACCCAUGGAACCAGACGGGCCCUACCAAAGCGAAGAGGACAAGCUACCGCCGCACAUCCGCAUUACGGUCAAGAUCCUGACGGUGAACUUCAAGUACCUGUCGUCGAGUGUGGUUGAGGAACGGGUCGUCGCCCUCGGGACGCUGAACGAAGGCAUCUUCCUGCUGGGUGCUCACGAAAACCAGCUGCUUCCGUUGGUGCAUCAGAUUUGGUUCAACUUUGCGGAACGGUUCGCUGAUGCCAGUCCGGUGGUCAUUAGCUGUGCGUUCGACUUGCUCGUCAGUUUGGGUCAACUGGCGAAGGAUUUCAUCCGGAAGAGGACACUGGAUGACGUUCUGCCCCGACUGAAUGCAUUUAUGGUGUCCAAUGUGGAAGCGGAUUUCAGCGCCCUGCAGACGUACAAACUCCAGCGGAAGAUUCUGACGCAUGGCCCGUCGCUGGUCAGUUCGAUGAAGCUGAAUGAACGCCAGCUGGACGAGGUGCUGAACGUAGGUAAGCUUUAUCUUGUGAAAUCGCCUCGACGAGAGCUUCAGCAGCUGGCGAGGGAAUUUUUCGAUCAGCUUGCGCGGUAUGAUCCCGGUGCCGUGUUUGUGAAGCUUCUCGGGUGUGGAUCGGGGAAAUAAAGUUAUUGUUGAAAGAU